AUGGCCAAACUCACGCUCUUAGCAGCUUCCUUACUCCUUACUCUUUCUAUUGUUAAUGUUGUUGCAGUUUCUUCCUCUCGCAAAGGUCUCAGGGGUUGCGAGAAAUUUUUGACUGAGAGCUGCCGGCGGGUGAGGGACGAUAGCUGCCGUGAACGAAUGAAGUUAUGCUGUGGGGAACUAGAGUGUAUUGAGGUGCAACGGCGGUGUUCGGUGAUAAGGAGGUUGGUGAAGGAACUGCUGGAAGAUUUCAGAAGUAAACAAAAGCGAGAAAUGUUGCAGAAGGCUAGAAACUUGCCGGCUUUGUGUCGCAUGGGAAUCGGCCGUUGCGACAUUCGAGUUCCAUUUCCACCGUCUUGGUUUACUAAAUUUGCCUAUGUGUUCGGUUGA